GGCGCGUGCACCAUGAUGAGGCCCACCAGCUGCGGCUGCAUGAAGGCCGGUGUCCAUCUCAUCGAAGCCGCUGGCGUCCAGGCCGGGUCGCACCUCCGCAAGGAGCGCUGCCACGCCGGCCUUCAGCUUGCUAAGCUGAUCGCGCACUAUAACGGCGUUGAUUGCUCGACCGGAGCCAUAGGCUCUUCUUCCUCCUCUACGUCCGCCUCACCUGCAACAAGCUGCCCCGCAGCUUCUAGGCGCAGCUCCUGGGCGAGGGCCUCCACCUCCGCGUGCAGCUCUGCAUCAGGGAUCUGCUGCGGCGUGGGUAGAGUGCCGCCGGUAACGUGGGUGUUCACCAUCAGGGCAUGUUGUGCGCGUGGGAAUCGCCGCACGAGCAGGUGUCGGCGUUCAUAUCCACGACUUGGCACCGCUGCGCCAGCUCCAAGCCGCCCAUGUACUCGCGCGACCGACCCGCGCGCGAGCCACGCAAGUAAGGUCAGCAGCGAGGAUCAGGUGCCCGGCGGCGGAGGCGGUGGCGGCGUCGAACCUUGCCCGCUGCCCGCUUCCCCUCAGUUGCGGCGCUUCCUGCAGCCUGCCUGCCAGUCCUUUGACGGCACUUCGGCUGACGCGGUGGAGUCACCUGCGCAGCCAGCACACCACCCGCCGGCGGCCUUCCCGCCUCACGCGGCUGCUAGCAGUGCCGCCAGCAGUGGUGGCGGUAGCUUUCGACGGGCACGCAUGACCACCGCCGUAGCAGCAACAGCUGCAGUAGCAACGACGGCGGAUGGGCACGCAUCAGCGGCGCAUGCCCCUGGCAUCGGCAGCGGUUCUGCGGCGGAUGCGGCAGCUGCGAACUCGCCAUUACAAAGGUCUCAAUACCUGCAGCAUGCGCGGUAUACCAUGACGCGCCCGGCAGCCCUCAGCCUACCGCACAUCCAGCAGGUGGCCGCUUCUGAUGCCGCCUCAACCGCGGGACUAUUGCUGCCGACACCGCCGCCGAUGCUUCAGUCCCCCAGCGCAGGCGGGCCCAGAGGGCUCGCAGCCAGCGGCGCCACCGCCAUGCCUGCAUGCAGCAGCCCGAAGGCGCGGCAACAGGGAGCAAUGCGGUCCGGUGGUUGGUGUGGCGGCGGCGCAGGUGGCGGUGGCACUGGCAGUCCUGGCCCUGGCGGCGGUGAUGACAUGGCCACGCCCAGUAGCAGCAGCGGGUACGGCGGCGGGGCUAGCGUGCCGGAAACGGCGGCUGGAGCUGCGGUGGUGGCUCCAAGCCCUCGUGGGUACGGAGGUAUUAUCUUUCUGUAUGAUGGCAUCAACGGUGACGGCCCGCAGGGCAGCAGCGGCGCGGAUGCGCGGCGGGGCGAUGAGUGGCAGCAGAGCGGGAGCCUGCCCUUCUUUGCAGCAGCACCCGUUACCUCACGGUCGCCCCGUGCCAGCUACAGCGGCGGCGGUGGUGGAGGCGCCGCCGGCAGCAGUAGGUUUGGUGGCGGUGCCACCGGCACCAGCAGCGAGAAAUCAAUCCGGCUGCCGGCAAGUGUUUUGACCGCUAGCACGAGCACCGGUGGCAUUGCCGGCAACAGUUCCGGAGCCAGCUGCGUCGUCGGUGAGGACCUGGCGCGUGGCCUCAUCAGUGGCAGUAGCGGCCGGCAGCUUUUGCCAAGCAGUGGCGUGGGGGCGCUGACAGGUAGCCCCACACGUACGCGGCUGGCAAGGACAGAGCAGCGGCGCAGCAGGCAGGCAGUAGCCGCGGUGUCCUCGCUGGCCCCAACGGGGGCCGGCGCACUGCCGUCAAACAGCUAUGAGAGCGCCUCUGCGCCUCUGCUUCUGCCGACCGUGUUGGGCCCGUUGUCGCCAACGUCCCCCAAGCUGCCGGCUAGCGUGACAGGCAUGAGCAGUAGCAGCAGCAUCAUGGCGGCUGGCGCGCUAGCUGGUGCCGAAUCAGCAGUUACCAGUGCGCUACAGCCUGAGCUGCAGACGCGGCUGUGUCAGCGGCCUGGUGGUUCGUUGUGCUGGGGAAACCAGCGGGGUGGGCCGUGGCAGCGCCGUGGCGGGCGAGGUGUGCGAGGGGUGCUGGAAUGGAUGUCCGUUGAAGUUCGCGAACCAUGAUUGCUCUCCGCACUGCAGCUGUGUUCUCUCAUAUCAAUAUGAGUGUAAUAAGUUGAAGGAAAUUCCGCUAGAAGAUUGUGGCCGCUGUUGAAGUAUAGCGAUCAGCACUCAUAUACCUCGAGAAUGAUGCAAGGAACUAAUCCAUCCCACGUCGGGGUGAGCGCUUUUCCUUGCUCAAGUUCAACAGCGCAAAUCCAAAUUCACACCGAUUCGGGCAUGGUGCGGGCACGCGUGUUUGCGUCGGCUUUCCCCCCGGAUUUCCUGGCCCAGCGUAUCAUGCACCGUAUUUUAACGUACUGUACUAGAAAUCCUAGUACGCUGUAUUAAUACGCGUAUUAUGGAGAGGGUCGCGUACUAUGCAACCCUGGCGGCGCAUAUGGCUGGACAGCUUUGCUUGUACACGCCGUCCGGAUGUGUAGUCUGUCGACAAGUGGAGGCCGAUUUGGCGGCCGAUAGCCUCCCUAGACCCCGCCACCGACGCCAAGUGUCGAAGGCGGUCCCGUCACUGGACGGUGGGGCGCGGCGCCUGGACGAAGGCGGUGAGGAACCCCCCGGUUGAAAAAGUGAAGACAAAAUAUGCCGCGGUGUCUGUAGGAAAGGGAUUGCGUGUAUGGUUGCGGGCUGACAAAAGGGCGCAGGGUACACGAGGCACGUUAGUGUGGCGGGGUCCGGGGCUUGCCCUGGUCGAGAUUUAGUGAAGGUCAUCACUUGCAAAAACAUUCAGGCGGGCCGCGGACGGCACCGUGUCCUUGCUUCGGCGCGGCUGGAUGGAAGUGACAAGUGCAGUGGACAGAGUGGGGGCACGGGGGAAGGGCACGCGGAAAGGGCACGCAUUGCCAUGGUGACGGUGGGUCGCAAGCUGCCUGCGAGCAGUCGGCGGGAUGGCGCUAACGUUCGCCUCCGCUUGCGUGUAGCCUGCGCUGCAACAAACCUCAUGCAAUAAAAUGAAGCACCUACAAGUUUGCUACACAUCGUGCCCUGUGUGUCAGCUCGGCGGUUUAGACUCCGUUUUUUCCGGAGUACUGCGCGACCUGCCCUCUCACUGUUUCAGGGUGCACGUGGCCGCUCCAUAUUAACAAAAUAUGCGAGUAUGUAAGCACACGCGGUGUAAUGAUAGCCGCGC